AUUCCGUUUUUCCACUACGUGCCUUCACCUUUUUUCUCUCCAUUCUUGCAACUCAGGCCCUUGCGCGCAUCAUCGCUCCACCCGCAUUCGCACCUGCGCGCUCGUCCGCGGGGUCUCGUGGCCAUGGCGUCGCCGCGGCCGGUGUGGCUGGACUGCGACCCAGGUCACGAUGACGCCAUGGCCAUCAUUCUUGCUGCCCACACCCCGUCCCUGCACCUGCUCGGCAUCAGCACUGUUCACGGCAACCAAUCAGUGCACAAGGUGACAACCAAUGCGAGGCGCGUGCUGCUGCUGUGCGCGCGGCCUGACAUCCCCGUGUACUGCGGCCAAGCCAGCCCCCUGAUGCGCGCCAGGCGGCACUGCGCCGAGAUUCAUGGGGAAUCCGGGCUGGAUGGGCCCGACUGGGGGGAGGCUCAGGGGGAGGCGCAGGGGGAGGCGCAGGGGGAGGAGCAGGGGGAGGCGCGGGGGGAGAGGAAAGCGGGGAAGGGGAAGGAAGGUAAAGGGAGAAGGGAGGAUGGGGAGGAGAGCGCAGAUGGGGUUGGGGAGGAGAGGGGGGAGGGGGAGGUGACGCCGCUAUGGGGAACGGCAGAAGAGGAGGCGGAGGAGGUGGCUGGGAUAGUGAGGGAGACGGGUGGGGGAGGGGAGGAGGGGGGGAGAGAAGGGGAGGGGGAGGGGGGUGAGGAGGAGGGGGAUGUGCCCACAGUGACUCAGAUGUACCGACACAUCCGACGGGCGUUCCUUGAGAGGCAAGCAGCGAUGAAGGGAAGCCAGCAGGAGUCAGGAAGGGAGAAACGAUGUUGCAGUAUGGAGAGGAGAGGCAAUGGGGCCGUGAACGAGGCAGCAGUGGGGAAUGGGCAUGCAGCAGAGGGCGGGAAGGUGUAUGAGGAUGCAGCUGGGGCAGGGAGAGUGGAUGCAGGCGGUGCUGUGAAGGAACCUCCAGCAAAGAGGAAGCGAGAGGCAGAAAGUGAUCUAGAGGCAGGGGUGACGGGAUGGAUGGCUGACACUGCUCAUGCUGCUGCUGCUGCCGCCGUUGGCAAUGUUGUUGGCGCUGCCACUGCUGCCUCAGGGGGGAAGGAGGAUGUGCGGGAAGGGAGGAAGGAGGAGGGGGUGUGGGGGGGGAAGAGGGAGAGGGUGGCUUUAGUGUGCACGGGCAGUCUCACCAACGCGGCUCUGCUGCUCACACUGCACCCCCGGGUCAAGACUAUGAUAGAGGUGAACCCUCCGUGGGAAGGAAGGAGGGAAGUGUCAUUCCCCGUUGUGCCAAACACAUCCACUGCCCGCCUUCUCCGCUCCCUCCUCUCUCCCUCGCCCUCGCCCCGUCCCUCGUCCAUGCCCGUCCCUCGUCCAUGCCCGUCCCUCGUCCAUGCCCGUCCCUCGUCCAUGCCCAUCCCUCGUCCAUGCCCUUCCCUCGUCCAUGCCCUUCCCUCGUCCAUGCCCUUCCCUCGCACGUCCUUUUUCCAUGCAUCAACGCCACGCACCUGUCGCACAUCGCUCAUCAACAUCCGUCAACAUGGGCAACGCACAAAGAUCGUCAUUAUGGGAGGUUGUCUCGGCCUCGGCAACACUGGCGCGGUAGUGGAGUUCAACAUCCAGUGCGACCCAGAGGCAGCAAGCAUAGUAUUUAACAGCGGGUGCCCCCUCACCAUGGUGCCGCUUGAGGUCACUCACACCGCCCUGCUCUUCCCGUCAGUCGCAGCUCGCAUCUCCUCCCCGCCCCCUCACUGCCCUCUCUGCUCACCCACCACCCAUCCUGCUCCUCCUCCUUCCGAAUCCUGCAAGGGAGGGAGAGGAGUCACUAGCGGAAUCGACCAUGCUGCUCCUCCCCAAUCCUGCAACGAAGGGGGUCGGGAGGCGAGCUUGCAGGAAGGGAGGGGAGUCACUGGCGGAACCACCCAUGCUGUUCCUGCUCCCCCGUCCAGCAAGCCCCCAUCGAUCUCCACUCCCACUACCGCUGCAGCCGAUGGCAAUUCUGCCCAACCCACUGCUCCUGCUGCCAGCAGUGGCACAUGCGUGGGCUGCGACACGGGGAGAAAGCUCCGGCAAACAGUCUCUGCCUUGAUGCAUUUCUUCGCCCGCACAUACCUCGACGUGUUUGGAUUCCAGCACCCCCCGCUGCACGACCCCUGUGCGGUCGCCUUUGUCAUCGCUCCCUCUCUCGUCAAGACGGAGCAUCUUCGAGUGGACAUUGAGACCAAGAGCGAGCUGUCAGCAGGCCAGACAGUGUGUGAUGUGUGGCGGCAGAGCGGCCGCCCACCCAAUGCACAUGUGGCUCGCAGUAUGGACGUGCGUGGCUUCUGGGACCUCAUGGUCGCUGCUGUUGACCGUGCUGCUGCUGCUGCUGCUGCUGCUGCUGCUGCUGCUGCUGCUGCUGCUGCUGCUGCUGCUCAUGCCGCCCUUAGUCACUGAGUGAACAAAACAAGAGCCAUGUGGCUUGCAGCAUGCACGUGGAUGCCUGCUGGGACCCCAUGGUUGGAGCAAUGGACCGUCCUUGUGGCUGCAUAGUGCUGCUGCACAUGCUGCAGCUGCUGCUGCCCUUGUGGCUCGCAGCAUGCGUCUGGCAUGUGUAUGGCUUUUUUGAAGGAUUUAUGGCAGUUAAUCAUCUCGGUGCUAUCGACCCAGGCGCUGGGUCGGUAAUUGCCCAGCACUGUGAAUGUCGGGAGGCUGACCAACUCACAAUUCGGCAGGUGCUUCUUGAACCCACCAUUCUAGCAUCAUGUGUUUUGGGGUGCCCAGCAAGCAUGAGUUGGCUGCUUAGAUGUUUAUUGCAUGUACGGUACAAGGUAAACAUUAUGCAUCGAGAAUUCAUGCACAGCACCA